CGAAGCAGUUCAGAACAAAGUAUUUUGGUACCAUCAAAACAGCAUCAUGUCGCUUCCAGUUCGUGUAAGGCCUCAAAGCUGAGGUCCGAGGGAAAAGUUGAAAAGCCGAGGCAGAGCCUUUAAUCGUGGCUCCGAACCCACCAGUCGCGAUACCAGUCCCAGUCGCAUCCCGACCAUCCGCAGACCCAGAUCAAUCCCGACCAGUCGCAUAACUAUCCGCAGGCUUGCGGGUGACUCGAAGAGAAACAAUUCCCGAGUUCGGGCCUCUCCCUUGGAGGCAGUAACUAGUGGCAGUGCGUGUUCCUUGCCCUUGCUUCUAGCCUCCGAGAACACAGUGGGCGAUCAUGAACGUAAACCUGAAGUGGACAAGGACUCUGUCAAGCGGAGUAAAUGUUUGCCGCGCCCAAGGGCUAAGUCGACGACGGAAGCUGUAUUCCAGCCGUUUUCGAGAAAGGAAAAAUCGCAUCACCGGGUAAUCGAGUUGAACAAGGUGCGAGGCUUGGAGAUGCAGCACAAGAAGCUGGAGAACUUGCCGUCAGAGUUAAUGCACAAAAUCCGCACCUUGGCACCCCAAAAGCUUCAAGGAGUCUACAAGUUUGUGGCCGUGGUGGUGAACGAGAAGUGCAAAGUCGUGGUUGACGCCGAAGAUCUGCACCGAUUGCCCAAGAAUCUGCCAACUGAGAGUGUCCAUGACUUAAAGGAACGCUGUCGUGCCGUGGUCGAUUCGUGCUUUAUGUUAUUCUACGAUCAUUUGCAGUUGAUACAGAAGAGCAAGGAUAAGUCCCUAAAAUCAUAUAUCCCUGACGCGUUAGUUCUAUAUUCCAUUUCCCAAAGAACCUCAAAAUGAACACCAUUGUCGAGGAGAUCGAUCAGUUGUGUGGUUCAUCCUUGAAAGGUGGGAUUUUUAACGAAAGUCUGUAUCGCGAGAUAGCUUGCUUGCGGUUGGAGAAGAAGCACAUUGAGUCUAAGUUCUUUAACAUCAAGAAGGAGCACUGCGACCAGAUGAACCAAUUGAGAUCGGAGUACGAGGCCAACCUGGCUGACGAGCUGGCCGCAUGCGAUCACACCAUCAGUGAGCUGAGAAGAGCCUGCGGCGCAGCGAGGAUGUGGUCGAGGAGCUGUCCCAGCUAGUGGCCGAGAAGAGUGCCACGCUGGCCAAUGAGGAUGGAAUCAUUGGAGAAUUGCGAAUCGAACUGGGCAAGCUUAGCAAGCUGCGAAUGCAUCACCGCCUGGAGGAGGCGCAUGUUGGACCGGACAAAGCCCGACACUUCAUUGAUAAACAGUUGGCACAGAUCGCCUUCUUGGUGGGCGAACUGAAGGAGGCACGCGAGCUCAUUGUCAAUCUGCAGCAGCGUCAGGAUUUCAUGGACAAGGGUGUCAAAAAGAAGGAUCUGGUUAUUGCCGAUCUCAAGCUGCAGAUGCGAAACCUCGAGGACCAUAAAACUUUCUCAACAUGCAGGUUAACAAUGCCUUGAAGGAGCACGCAGACUUUGACGAACUAAACGAAAAACAUAGAAAUGCUAUGAUGCAGAUAAGUGAACUAAAAGAAGCAUUAAAUAUCAAAUCCAUCGAAUCAAAGACCCAAUCUCAAGUCGAGGGUCGGUUAAACAAAGAGAUGACCAAAUUGCGGGAGAAGAUCGAUCUCGAUCAGCAGAUGCUCACCGCUCGGAACCACUUGAUAUACAGCCUGCAGAAGACCGAGCAGGAGAACCGAGCCAAACUGGACAAAAUGUACUGUCAAGUUGGCGAGAAAAACAUGCUGAUCAGUCAGGUGUACAACGAGCUGGCCUCGAAGGAGGAGGAGUCGCGCAAACUCUUCGGGAUCCUGAGUUUCAAGCAGAGGGAGGUGAGGCGGCAGGAGCAUGAUAUCCAGUUGCUGAAGGAGCAAAUAGCGCGGGGAUCUAUGGCGCUAAAAGACCAAGAGGUGCGGAUUGUCACUAUGCAAGAAGAGAUUAAACGCCUGAAGUAG